AUGAAGGAAGAAGGAAGAACUGAAUUGGCAAGCUUAGGGAAAAUAUCGGUCUCACUUGAGGAUUUUGGAGAAAACUUUGAAGGAAGUAACAUAGUGGUGAAAGGUUGUACCCGGAAGAGAAGGUAUGAAAAGUGCAAAAAUGGGGAUUUAGUGGUUUUAUUUGGAGGAUAUGAAAUGGUCAUGCAAAUUUUACUGGAACAAAAUGGAAAAACCCAGACCAGAAAUGGGGUCUUCCUGCAUAAUGAGAUUAUUGGAAGGCACUUUGGGAGCCGAAUUUUUGAUACUUCCAAGUCCAAAUGGAUGGUAGUUCUGAAACUUUGUCCUGAACUUAUUUCAAUUUCACUUAAUCAUCGUACUCAAAUACUCUACCAGGCUGACAUUUCAUUAAUAUGUGUGCUCUUGGAUGCAUCUCCCGGAAAAAAUAUAAUUGAGGCUGGAACUGGAAGUGGAUCGCUCACUGUUUCGUUAUCUAGGUCAACAAAUCCAGGUGGAACCAUUUAUACUUUUGAGUAUGAUCAAAAACGACACCUAGAGUCUAUCCAAGACUUCCAAAAAUAUGGUAUCUCCAAUAUUGUCUGCCAACAUAGAGAUGUUUGCAAGGAUGGUUUCAUUUCGCCCCUUUUAGAUAUUACAAAAAUUACUAUUCAUGGAGUUUUUCUUGAUCUUCCCUCACCUUGGAUUGCCAUUAAACAUGCUGACCAAGUCCUUCAAAAAGGAGCGAGUAUUGUCAUCUUCUCACCGUGCAUUGAACAGGUAUCCAAAAAUUGUAAUGAAUUAAAUUCACUCAAAUAUAUCCAUAUACGUACUUUUGAAGUACUUUAUAAACCUUGGGGAAUUGUUAGAGGAUCUUCUAAGAAAUUCCCUAAAAAAGGUCUAAGGUAUCAACUUCCCAUGAGGGGCCACACAGGUUAUUUGUCAUUCGCAAUUAAAUCAUAA